CAGCCGCUCCCUCACGUUGGCGGCCACGCCCGCGGCUCCGCCCCUCACGGCGCCGGGGCGCGAGGACGCCGGGCGCGAGCCCCCAGGGUUCGGGGGCCGCGGCGGGCGCGUCUCGGCGAGGGAACAUGGCCGCCCUGACGACAGUGGUGGUAGCGGCCGCGGCCACGGCGGUGGCCGGGGCUGUGGCGGGGGCGGCGGGCGGGAGCGGCGCGAGGGCGGCACCGGCGCCGCAACAGAAUGAUGGUGGCUGUAGCGCUGCAAGCGGAGUUCGUCCUUUUCAGCUUCAAAGCUGGAAACAGAAAGCUAGUCGCACUAAGAAAGCAGAACUUGUACGUACUGCAGAGAGACUGAACAAUCAAAUUAUUAUCAUAGAAAAAGAGAAAUACAAUCAUUUCUACAACCAAAAAGGUGACUUGAGGAUGGAGCGUAGUAUGCUGGAAGAAUUGGAAAAUAAAUUGAUUAACAGCAGGAAAACAGAAAGAACAAAAAUCCAACAACAGUUGGCCAAAAUAUAUAACAAUGUAAAGAAACUUCAGCAUCAGUUAAAAAAUGUGAAACCUACACCUGAUUUUGUUGAAAAGCUCAGAGAAACGAUGGAAGAAAUUGAAAAUGCAAUUAACACUUUUAAAGAAGAGCAGAGGCUGAUAUAUGACAAGCUUAUUAAAGAAGAGAGGACAGCUAAUAAUGAGUUGACUGCGAUAUCAAAAAAAAUUGACAUGUGGCCUUUGGGCAAUUUAGAGAAGGAUAAGGCUCCCAGGGCAGCCUCGAGCAGAGUUCCGGGGGACAAGGGACCACCUAGCACCCUUCCAGAAGAAGUCGUGGACUUUGAGAAGUUCCUGCAGCAGACAGGAGGGCGGCUGGGCGGCUGGGAUGCGUACGAUCAUCAGAACUUUGUGAAGGUGAGAAACAGACACCAGGGGAAGCCAGCGUUUGUGGGAGCAGCUCUCGAGCACCUCCCAGGAAGAACACAGGAGGAGGUGCAGCAGCAUGAGAAGUGGUACCAGAAGUUCCUAGCUCUGGAGGAAAGAAAAAGAGAGUCUAUUCAAAAUUGGAAAACUAAAAAACAGCAAAAAAAGGAGGAAAUUUUCAAGUUAAAGGACAAGGCAGACAACAUGCCUGUGCUUUCUCGUAAUGAAAAUGAAGACAGUCCAAAACAGAAGGAGGAACAAAGAAAGAAGCAGAAAUUGGCAGUUGAAGCUUGGAAGAAACAGAAAAGUCUAGAAUUGUCCAUGAAACAUGCUUCCCAGUUAAAAGAAGAAGAAGAGAAACAGAAGCGGCAGCAGAAAGCACGCCAGCGUCAGUUUAAACUGAAGCUGCUGCUGGAAGGCUACACCCAGCAGAAGAAAGAGCAGGAGGAAAUGUUGAGGCUUGAAAAGGAGCUGAGGGAGAAGGCAGAAAGAGCAGAGAAAAGAAAAACAGCUGCUGGUGAAAUUUCCAGGUUUCAGGAAAGAGAUUUACAAAAACUUGAAUUGAAAAUUUUAGACAGACAAGCAAAGGAAGAUGAAAAGGCAGAAAAACAAAGAAGACUGGUGAAAUUAAAAGAAAAGGUUGAAAACCAUGUUGGGAGAGAUCCCACGAGGCUCCAUAGACCCACCAAAGGCUGGGAAGAACGAAUGAAAAAGAUGGGACCAACUGGCUGUGGGCCACUGCUGCACAUCCCACACAGGGCCGUUCCGACGUGGAGACAGGGAUUGUAGGGGAUGGUGAAAUCGGUGUUGAGCUGAGAGUGCUGUGCUGUGUGGUUAUGCCAGCAGAAGGGCACCAGCUGUGCUUGUAACAUCACUGUCCUGCUAGACGGUCCGCGUGCCCUGAGAGCUGUAACGGGUACUGUUGUGUUGCACAGCGGGUUCCUGCUGGGGGCGUGCAAUAUUUAAUUUGUAUGUUAGCUUGUUAAUGAAACGAAAGGUGUUCAAACAUGCUCAUGUUACAAACAUUGUUCCGUUUAAUACUCAGAACAUUUCAAAGAUACUUUGUCAUGGCAUGAAAAAAAUGGAGGCAAAGAUUUUUAAGCCAAAAUUUUUAUAACUUUUGUAACUUGUAGGUAAGUUGGCUUGAGUGAGAAAUGUUAAGUGGUUUUCUUGUUUUGAGUUAUGAAGCAAGUUAUUACUUUUCUAAGUUUAACAAAUUGGUAAUUUGAUUAUAAGAAUUUUGUGUAAUAAACAUUUUGUAUUUGUUUUACGCAUGCUUUGUUUUUUAUGGAGAAUAUUUUAAAAAUAUGCCUCGGCCCUCAUAUGUGGUGUGAUCGAUGGAUUCUUUCUAGUUCCUUCAGCUAUUGUUUCCCUUCAGCCUUUCUCAGCUUCACACAUUUAUA